AAGCAGAAGCAGCGCCGCUUGGAGAUAAUUUAGAGCCUUGGGCUGGAACGAUACCCUGCUAUCCGUCCCUCUUGGAACCUCGGUGGGGUAUGACGGACUAGAGAAACGGUCACUGGUUCUUCUCACAAGAGACUUCGUGAAAGGAAUCAUGGCCAUGGACACCACUUUCAGAGCUGGCUUGCUCGGUCUGAGACACUCCGAGCUCCCCAAUCCCCAAUCUCCCCUUCUCCUUAGAGGCUCCUCAUUUUCGCACUCCCGUGGCAGUGCUAAGAGGUCUUUAUGUGUCUCAGUCCUCCGGAGUUCCCUACCUGGAAGAGAAACUAUUGGAGAUGAUGUGAUGCAAAUAUUCCUGAAGGAUAGGCAGUUGAAUGGAGAUUUUAUAUCUAAAGUUUCUGAUAGGCUUUGGCAGAGGGACAACUUAAUCCAUGAAGAUUCAGAAAUUAGCAUUGUGCAUGAAAAUAGUCAGCAACAUGAUGAGAUGCUAGAGAAUGAAAGCAGAAGUGGAUAUUUAAAGCUUACUGGAGCCAGGGAGUGGGUUUCUGGUGAUAAUGUUGCUCCAAUGAACAAGAAAUUUGUUGUCAAGGAGCGGCAGAAUGACAGUGAAAAAAGGAAGAAACUCAACCUUUUAAAAUAUGAAGCGCUUAAAAGAGAACUUUUGCUUCUAACUGCUGGUAUUGGAGCUGCUUGCAGUGCAUAUUGUUUGGUUAACUUAUCUGUCGAGGCUGCUAUCAGCUAUGCUUCUGGAGUCUUCUUCAGUUGUUUGUACCUCCAACUUCUUUAUCAUCAUACUGAUAACCUGUCGAGGGCAGCCGUUCCUGAAACUUUUAUGCAGAAGAAAUUGAAAAAAAUUGGAAUAAGAAGCCAGGACCUGAAGAAUAUGUUAGAGAAAACAUUGAGUGGUACCACCAUGGCACUUUCUUCUCCAAGGCUUGUAAUCCCUGCAGCAAUAUAUGGAAUCUGGGCCCUGUCACACAAUUUCCUCAAUAAUUAUUUUGAUUUUCAGCUUGUUCCUGGAAUGUUUGGCUUUUUCGCAUACAAAGCUGCAGCCCUGGUCCAAGUAUACAGAGAUAAUGAAGAUCUGCACUUUGUAUUUCCAGACAAUGAGGGAUCAGAUAACAGUUAAAAGCAAUUGUUUCCAAAGCCCUUGCGAAGAACUAAAGAUGUUCGAGCUGUUGCCUAUUUUCUACAAGUAGGGUUAUAUCUUGCAGGAAUAUUUCUUUGAUGGACAAGCAGGUGAAGAAUAAAAUAUCUCCACUAUCAGAUUUCAUGAAGGCUCCAAUGAAAAGAGACACUUGUGGAUCCUUUUAUGAAGUUAUCAUUGAACUCGUUGACCUUCUAAAACCAACUGAAUGAACCAGUUAAUUGGUUCCACCUUUUUACAUUUUCACCAAUAUCAUUUCAAUGUAUCAAAUCACCAUGUAUUAGAUGUUGAUUUUUCUCCAUGUAGCUUUACUUUUUCAAGAAUUCGCUGUUUCGUAGGACUUAUUUUCUCAAGUGGAUGCCAACUUGUCA